AGUGGGGCGCGGCCGAAAGUAGAGGGAGCCCGGGCACCUCGAACCCAGGAGGCACCCGGUGGGCAGGGGCGGGGAGGAGGCGCGCGCGGGGACGGAGCCCGCACGCACCCCGACCGCGGGCGCGGAGAUGGCCGCGCCCUCCCGGCAGCCCCCCCUCGGCGGGUCGGGGCUGCUCCGCGGGAGCCGGGCUCGUUCUUACGGAAGCCUCGCGCAGUCGGCCUGCUCCCCCGGGAGGGAAAGACGCCUGGAGCAUCAGCUGGCGCCCGGAGACACCCUGGCCGGCCUGGCGCUCAGAUACGGGGUGACGAUGGAGCAGAUCAAGCGAGCCAACCGCCUCUAUACUAAUGACUCCAUCUUCCUGAAGAAAACCCUCCGCAUCCCUGUGCUCACGGAGCCCGGGGACGUGUUCAGCGGUUUGGAUUCUGAAGAAGAGGAAGAGCGAGAGGGGGCGCAGCCGGGGCAGGCUACGGUUUGCCCGCCGCCAGCCCGGGGGCAGCAGGCGCCGGGCGCAGGACCAGCCGUCGGCGAGGGGCGCCCCGGCCCCGGCCAGGGGGCCCCCACGCCCGCCCAUGACCUCUCUGCCUCUGAUUUCCUGAAGAAGCUCGACUCCCAGAUCAGCCUGUCCAAGAAGGCCGCUGCCCAGAAGCUGGCACGCGGGGACGACGGGGCACCUGUGGAAGACGCAGGCCCUCACCUGAGCUCUCCCCGGACGCAGCAGCGCGCAGUCCUCGGCCCCGUGCCUCUGACCCGGACCUCUCGGACCCGCACGCUUCGGGACCAGGAGGAUGAAAUCUUCAAACUCUGACGUCUCCAGAACGGAUGGCGAGAAGCAAGAUGCU